CUUAACAAAAUUAAAAAGUCCAGUGAGAAGACCCCAUCUCUAAGACAACAGAAGGCUGAGCUGUCGGCUCCCCGUCAUUUUUGUAAUCUGGAAUCUCUGCUGCCAGGAUUAUGUUCAGCUCCUCUGUAAUCGCUCUGUGUAGUCGGAAGCAGUAAGACUGUUUGCAGGGGCUCUUGGGAAACAUGGCGCAGGUGAAGGAGUGCAGUCUUUUGCUCAUGUCCAUCUAGGGAGUUCUGUCCAACAUCUCUUCCAUCACCGAUCUCGGCGGCUUUGACCCAGUUUGGCUCUUUCUCGUGGUGGGAGGAGUGAUGUUCAUUUUGGGAUUCGCAGGGUGCAUUGGAGCACUACGGGAAAACACAUUCCUUCUCAAGUUCUUUUCUGUGUUCCUGGGAAUUAUUUUCUUCCUGGAGCUCACUGCUGGGGUUCUGGCAUUUGUUUUCAAAGACUGGAUCAAAGACCAGCUGUAUUUCUUUAUAAACAACAACAUCAGAGCGUACAGAGAUGACAUUGAUUUGCAGAACCUCAUAGACUUCACGCAGGAAUAUUGGCAGUGCUGUGGGGCUUUUGGAGCUGAUGAUUGGAACCUAAAUAUUUACUUCAAUUGCACAGAUUCCAACGCAAGUCGAGAGCGGUGCGGCGUGCCAUUCUCCUGCUGCACUAAAGAUCCCGCAGAAGAUGUCAUCAACACUCAGUGUGGCUAUGAUGCCAGGCAAAAACCAGAAGUUGACCAGCAGAUUGUAAUCUACACGAAAGGCUGUGUGCCCCAGUUUGAGAAGUGGUUGCAGGACAAUUUAACCAUCGUGGCUGGUAUUUUCAUAGGCAUUGCAUUGCUACAGAUUUUUGGGAUCUGCCUGGCUCAGAAUUUGGUUAGUGAUAUUGAAGCUGUCAGGGCUAGCUGGUAGAGCCCCGCAUCACUGCUGUAAGACACUGGACAGACCCAGCCUUCCUGACCCUCCAGCGUGCCCAACUGAAUCCACGCUGCAAUCCCACGUGAUGGAACUGCCGAGAACUUGGUUUUGGGCGGGUACAACUGGGAAAUGCUGCUCACUGACAGAAUUAAAAAGAUAACCAGUAUGAAAGUUGUUGCGCCGUGAAUCUCUACUGUAGCCAUGAAUUUAUGGUUGGUUGGAUACUUACCAAAAAAGAAAAAAAGGGAGGGUGAGGGACCCAGAUGUACUUGAAUCUGUGGAACACACAGUCUUGUUCUCUCCUUCCGUGAUCGGAGGGCUGGGAGAGGCGGUUUUUGCUCUUUGUCACACCUUGAAGGGACUUUCUGGUCCGUGGCCUAAAGAAGUGCAUCUUUUCUAAAACUCAACCCCUUACCUGGGAGGGCUGUGGUUUUUGUGUUUUUUUGUUUUUGUUUCUGUUUUGGCAUCCCUUCACUGUGCAUUUCAGGGACCUGUUACAACUAUCACCCCAAGAAGAAAACAGCUUGUCUUUGGGUUCAGAUGUUGUGAUUGCAUUCAACAAGUCAUGUGGGUGGGCACGCCUGGUCUCUCCUGGAGUGUCUUUUUCAAGAGGAAUUGUGUAUUCCAUGUGCCUGGAGUAAGGGCAUUGGAACACUUCACGAUGCUGAAUUUUAGCAGGACAGAUUGUUGUUCUAAGUAGGCCUGAGCUGUAUGUAUCAGUGAAAAUCAAGGAGAACAUGAGGUUAAUGAAGAGGUAUUAAUUAAUACCCCUCACCUCAGCCCAUCAAGUUAGUUGUUGGAUUCUUUGGAAACUGGAAUAUUCUGGGUAUUGUUCUGCUUUUUUGUGUGUUUUUGUUUUGGUCUCCCAAAAGUGAGAGCUAGGAUACAGUUUCUCUUAAAGUGUUUUUUUACUCCACUUGAAUAUUAAUUUUUUUGGUAUACUCUCCCUGCAUGAUCUGUGAAUCCGACUCUACCAGCUCCUUUUCCUGCCAGCUUUCCUACAAGCAUUUACAAACGUUACUUGGUCCGCAUUUAUUUCUUGGGUUCACCGCCGUGAGAGGUGUGGCGUGUCCUCCCUGGCUGGGAAAGGACUGGCCCGCCGAGCCGUUGCAAAUGCUUUCAUGGACUCAACAAUGCCUUUACCCUGUCAGUCUUCGGGGCCUGGUCUGCAGCACCCUCCGCCCCCUUCUCUUGGAAUGGAAUUGAAUCUAAUUCUGAAACAGUGUUGACACAAUCAGAAAACUUCUGGGUUUGGUUUUUUGUUUUUUUCUCAUUCUGGUUUUAGUUUGCUUUUAUUUAAAAAAAACAAAAACAAAAGAACAAAAGUGCAUGGCCAGAGCUCCUUCUGUUCUCAUAGUGCAGACUAACCAGCAGGAUGGUAACAAAGCACAAAUACUUUGGAAGGAAGCGCAUCGAUGGGGCAAGUGUUCUGCGACCCAAGGUGGGGGCACCACUUCCAGGUGCUGCCACUCACGCCUGUCCCCACUAAUGUAGGGAGGGAUGAAUUUUGCCCCCAGAUUUGAAUCCAGCUGGUUUCUACCAGGAUGUCCCUCUCCUGGGGAGCAGAUAUUAGCCUGUGGAAUGCUGGGAAAAUCACAGGUGUAUUUUGUGGUGAUGACCCACUUGCCAACACAAAACUGGGCGGCCAGUGAGCAUGCUUUAUGGAGACUUAGCAAGGUUUUCUAUUUUAGCCCCAUGUUGCAUCACUGCGGCUGAUGAACGUGUCAGUCUGCUCAGAGAAGGGACAAAGAUUCUUUGAAAAUUAUCUGCAGAGUGCGGGUGUAUGUAUGACUGCAUGUGUGUUUUUGUGUCUAUGGUUAGAGAUGUUCGUUCCAUAUUCCGGCUGUAGGAUGAUUUUAUGUCAUCUCUGCCCCCGUGAAGUUGUCAUUCUGUCUCCAUGUUGUAAUGUCAUUCCAACAUGGAGAAGACUUGAGCCCUGCAGUUGGCACUCUUGUCUCCUUUUUUAUUACCUCAUUCUCCAGUGAACUCCAUCUGACCAGUUGAUUCAGAAUCAGGCAAGAUUCCCUCCCUUUGGCACAUCCAGUGAAAGGCCAAACAGCAAGUCCAAGUGAGUUCUAAAUUUUAAUUAAUCACCCUUUAUUUUUUACACUUGAGAGUGGUUGUAAUUAAGGCUGUCAUUAAUAAACUGGUUCUACCUUA